CUGUGAUGGUAUUCUCAGGUUUGUUGUAAAGCGCAGAAAUAAAAUACUUACAUCUCGUCUUUUUUAAAGUGGCAAAAGCACGGCGUCCUAUUUCUUCAGAAACGGCUUUUUUAUAAAUCAACACAGCGUGUCUGCUCCUGCUGUUCUGCCGACCUUGUGCUUUUAGGAACUCACAGUUUGCUUCAAAAUAUAUUGGUGGAGGUAAAUUGAAGAAUGGACGGUCAGGGCUCAGGCUUCAACCACCCUCCACCUACAAAUUGGCCGAGGGUGAUGCAAAGGAGAGUAGGCAGGAAAAAGCAGCUGCAGCAUUCUGAUAUAGUAUUCACCAAAGGGACAUCCCUCCAGACCAUACCCUCUCUCAGCAAACAGUUGAAUGGGGUCACCGAGUGCAUCAUUGGCCUUCAGUAUGUGUGGGAGUACCGCAGCCCCAGUAAAUCUGUCGCACCACACUACCAGUGCAAACUCUGUGCCGUCACCCGCCUGCAGCCUGAUAUGCUCGCCCAUGUGAAAGGCUGGAAACACAGCUUCAGAUACUUGAAAAAGGCUCACCCUGAAAAGGUCACUCAAGAAGAGGAACAGGCCAUCAAAGACCCUGCUGUAAGGAAGGCCAUCAAAGAAGUUGCAGCUGAGGUGGAAAGGGCAGAGGGCAGGGGACAACUUAAGGUGAUUCUGAGGGAACCUUUUGAAGUUGCUGCUUUCAAAGGACUCCGUUCUGCUGCUCCUAAACCUCUUCCUCCACCAGGACCAGGGCUAGGAUUAAAGGGACCCCCCUUUGGUCUCUUAGGUCCGAGGAUCUCUGACCCGAGGUUUCCAGGGGAGUUUCCUCCUCGGGGUGGUCCUCUGUCUGACUAUCCCGGGGACCAUGGGGAUCACGGGUUCGGGGGCUAUGAUUACGCGACAAAGCAAGAUUUCCUUGACUCUGGUAUGGAUCGAAGACCUUUCCCGGAUGGUAUGGAUCAUUGCCCACCUGGGGUUCGAGAUGGUUUUAGAUCAGGUGGUGGAAGAGAUGGCUAUGGAAGGAGUGGACUACUGGAGGACAACCCAGGAAGAAUGUAUCCUGAUGAGUACAGAGGCAACCAAAUGGGGACACGCUCCAUGGACAGACCAAUGGACAGACCAAUGGACAAGCCACUGGAGAGGCCGGGCCUGAUGGGAGCAGCUCCACAAAUUAGCAACGCUCCUCAUACACUGCUCUCUUACCUGGAUACAUUCCGGAUAGAGAAUGAGAGUGAUGCUCAGCUGGUGCUGAAGGUGACACAGAAACUAACAGAUGUGCUGAUGGAGUACAGACUGAGGAGCGUAUCAACGGGCUCGAGUCUGAACAGCUUGUCAAUGAACUCCACAAGCUUCUCCUCAGGUCCAUCCCGGUUUUACAAAUGACAAUCACAAAGUGGAACGCUUCGAUCUUCUCAUCCCUCUGUCGCGCCGGAGUUGAACAUAAUUUUAUUUUGUGUAGAUGUUAAUGCUUUUAGGCAGUUUUUUUCUGUUGCUACCUAGUUGUAUUUUUUUUUUUUUUUUUUAAGUUCUUUACAAUUCAGGAAGAUGUGUAACAUGGAUGUGUACAGGUUUUCAUCAGUUUUAACUGAACAUGUACCACCAGUUUUAAUUUCCCAUGGCCAUGUUCUAAUAAAAGUAAUGGAGAAAA